ACAGGCUUAGUGGCUGUCAGAUCGAAGAGUAGAGGGUGCGAGACGAAAAUAAAUGGUGGUAAAAAUGUUUUGAUUUUAAUUUGAAUACCCUCUUCGCCCUUUUAAAUUGAUAAAAAGACCACCGCGAUGGCAUCACAGGACGAGAAGGAGCUACUGAAAAUUGAAAUUCAAAGACUGACCAGGGAGCUCGAUCAGGCGAGCAGCGAAAAAGUCCAGUCUGCCCAGUAUGGACUUGAGCUGUUGGAGCAAAAAAAGGAAUUACAGCAAAAGUGUGAGGAAUUGGAAGUUUUAUACGAGAAUUCUAAGCACGACUUGCAAAUAACUCAAGAGGCCCUAGCCAAAUUCCAAUCAACUCACAAAGUAACUACAAAAACAGGCAUAGAAACUGAAGAGUCCCUCCUAAACGAAUCGGCAGCUCGUGAAACGUCCCUAUAUUCCCAAAUUGUAGAGUUAGAAAAUGACAACAAGCAAUUACGCCAUGAACUUGACAGAGUCACUGCUGAGAGAGAUAGAAUGCUGCAAGAGAAUAAUGAUAUGGGCAAGGAUAAGGAGGACAGAAGCAUGGAGUGCAAAAAACUUAGAACCGAACUGAGAGAAAUUAAAUUUAGGGAAAAUAGGUUGAUUAGUGACUAUUCUGAGCUGGAGGAGGAGAAUAUUGCUCUGCAGAAGCAGGUUUCUGUUUUGAAGAGUUCACAGGUUGAGUUUGAAAGUCUUAAACAUGAAAUCCGACGUCUGCACGAGGAAAUGGAUCUCCUUAAUCUCCAAGUGGAGGAGCUUACAAAUCUUAAAAAAAUCGCAGAGAAUCAUAUGGAAGAAGCGCUCGAAUCACUUCAAAACGAACGUGAGGCCAAAUAUGCCCUCAAAAAAGAACUAGAUCAGCAGAUUAACCGAGAAUCUUUCUACAAUAUUAAUAAUUUGGCUUACAGCAUUAGGGGUAUCACUGAGGAAACGGUUUUGGGCAGUGACGGCGAAGAAGAAGGUCUCAAACAUAUAGAAGCGAGUCUGUCCAGUGGAACAGGUUCAGAAUUAACAUCUCCAGACGACAAACAUGUUGAUCUAUUUUCUGAGGUACAUCUGAAUGAGCUGAAGAAGCUUGAAAAGCAGCUCGAGCUCAUUGAAAAGGAGAAACUCAGCCUUAACCAGACCUUAAGAGAAAACCAAAGUUUGGUGGAAAAAAGCCAAGGAGAGCUGCAAGUUUUCUUAGCAAGGUUAACUCAGCUGGCCGCUCACGUGGACUCUUUGCAACAUCUCUCUCAGAAUUAUGACAAGAUAAUGCAAAAACCCUCAGAAGAGGCCAGCAAAAUGCUCGGACAGUAUCAGAACUGGUUUAGAUUGUCUUCCAAGGAAGUGGAUCAGCUCAGGGAGGACAUCAAGCAACUGGAGAAGCUUAGCAACAUUUCAGAUGCCACCCUAAUGCUUAGAACUGAAAUUACCAAUUUAAAGAACCGGUUGCUGGACACUGAACAGAAACAAAUGGAGGUGGAAGCCGAUUUUAAGCUUCUGAAAGAUUUCGCUACAGAAGCAGGAGCCUCUUUGGAUGAAACUCAAAAUAAUUUACAAACAGUGACAGAAGAACUGGCGCAGCUUUACCAUCAUGUUUGCACUGUUAAUGGCCAGACGCCCACUAGGGUGGUGCUGGACCAUGAAAAAGAAGGAAUGACGCCUAUGACCGAGACAGCUCCAAUGAUGAUAGGAGAAAUGAGCAAACUAGAAUUAUUACGCAGCAGAUUAAAGAGUGACGUACCAUUGCACGAUUUAGAAAGUUUAAAUGACACAGCCACUUUAGCAAGAAACGUUUGCACGAUAGUGGACCAGAUAAAACAUUUAAGGGCGGCCAUUGAGAGCACCAUAGAAAAAUCUAAGAGGGAAAAGACCAACGGAACGUACGAAUCCAAAGAAGAAUCUAAUGAAGAAAUCCAAGAGUUACAAGAGCAAGUAAUCAGACUGAAGAGUUUAUUGUCGACCAAGAGAGAACAAAUCGCCACUUUGCGUACCGUCCUCAAGUCCAAUAAAAACACGGCGGAAGUCGCGCUGACCAAUUUGAAGAGCAAAUACGAAAACGAAAAGACGAUCGUGUCCGAGACUAUGAUGAAGUUGAGGAACGAGUUGAGGCUGUUGAAGGAGGACGCCGCUACUUUCUCUAGUCUUCGGGCGAUGUUCGCAGCUCGUUGUGAAGAAUACGUCACCCAAGUGGACGAGCUUCAGCAGCAACUGAACGCGGCCGAAGACGAAAAGAAAACGUUAAAUCAACUGUUACGAUUGGCGGUCCAACAAAAACUAUCGCUCACCCAACGGCUGGAAGAGCUCGAGGUCGACCGGGAGAUGCGUAACGUGCGCAGACAAACGAACCGUAACUUCAACCAGCGACCGGGCCGGUCGAAUAGGGAUAACCAGUUUUAGCCGAGACGGCCCAGACCCAGGCCCGUUUUUUACGCCAUGGCGUUUUUAACGUCUUUCUUUAAAGUGUGAGUAUAUGAAUCUAUGGAGGUUUCGUUUUGUUGUUCAUGUGGAAGGGGCUUAAUGAUGCGAAUUUUAAGCAAUAUUGUGCCUAAACCUAGUAAAAAAUUACUAUUUGUUCGCAAAAACAAAAAUCCAUGAUAACAAAGUCAGGUGAUCUUGCUGGCCUUUUUCAAAAUGCUUUCUAAAUAAAUACUGUGUUAAAAAAAACAGACAAAAAUUAUGACAAGGAAGAAAUGAUUGCUCGAUUUCUUUGAUUUCUAAACAUGGUAAAAAACGUUAUUUAUCCAACGUUUCUCAAAAUAAAAAUUGAUUAAAACAAAAUCAGGUUAUAUUUAGAGCAAAAUAAAUACUAUAUUAACAUUUCAAAUGAAUAUUUUUGACUUAUAUUUAAAAAAUAGACAAACGCAGGACAUCAUAAGCACCCUCUACAAUUAGCUAAUCAAUAUUAAUUUGUAUUAUAUUUAUGUUUUUAGCCGGGUAGGUCUGAGGUGUUAUCUAGAUAAAUUUUAGGAAUAAAUUCGGUGGUUGGGUAAAUACGUACGUAAAUUUAUAGCGCCAUUUUAUCGUCUUAUAAUUGGCCGAAUUUGUGUAAAAAAAAGACAUACAUAUUUGGCCUAUAAUUUUUUUUUUGUCCAUAAAUUUCAAAAUUAUUGUGAUAUACGGAAAAUGUUUCAACUAUGCUGCGCGAUGUCAUUAACUGGAGUGUUGCAAUAUUAUUAGUCCUUUUAUUAAUUUAUAUUUUUUUAUAUUUAUUGAUUGUUAUAUGUAUUAUCUUUAUUUUGUGUUUUUCUUUUUAAGACUUAUAUUGGGGCGUGCCGAACGUUUAGUUCCACUGUCCAAGGUCACAGGGUAGACGUUUUUUCUUGCAUUUCUCGAUGUUCGGCGCGCCCUAUAAAUUACUAAUUUUAAGAUGUGUAUUUAUAAUGUUUUAUUAUGAAAAAGAAAAUCAAACAAAAAAAAAACAACUUAUUGUGUCACAUUCAUGAUGAUAUUAUUAUUAUUAUCAUUUAUUAGCGCAUUAUGAUUAUGAGUAGAGAAGUAUAAGUAGCGUUACUAGUUAAAAGUAAUAAUUACUUUUUUUAUAUAUAUAUUUAUUAACCGAUUAACUCAAUUUAAAGUAGAUUUUUUUCUCAAUUAAGUUUGAAGUAAGAAAUCAUUGAUAGCUCAUAAUCAUUUAUUAUAUUUAAUAAGCUCACGUUUUAAAUGAUUUAUUUUAAAACUUUAAUAUGGCUAACACGCUUUAGUUAACGAGUCAAAGGGGCUCUUGAAUCUGCGUUAAUCAGAAGGCUAUUGAAUAUGUACGUAAGAAAACGACUAAAACGUUAAACCGGCCCCAGUAUAAUGGAAAAAUUACAAUAUCUUUGGUAUGGUGAGAUUAUAUUUAUUAUAUUUUUUAUAUAUUUUUAUUUAAAGAAACAGACCACUCAAUAGACAGGCGCAGCUGUCUAAUUACCGAAUGGUAGAAAGUAUACGAAAAAAAAUUAAUAGUCAAACGAGUAUUACAUUUCUAAUAAGACACGCCUAAAGUAAUACGCAACGAAUAAGCGGUGAAUGCAGAAAAUAGUUUUAUUGUGAUCUUGAUUGCCUCUCUCUCUAAAAGUUACCCUUGUAAGUAGGAUGUAAGGGUUGACGUUUAUGUGAAUAUGAUGUAGCCAGAAAUCAUAAUCAAGUAAAUUGUUUACAGUUUUGUAGAUAAUUAUUACAUCAAGGUAUCUAAAUUUCAAAUUAUCAUUGUAGGGGAGAAGGGCGCACGUUGUUACAAAAUUCAUUCCCGUAACUUAUUUUUUCAAUAGUGUAUCUUUCAGACAAAGCUAAUUACUUAGUUGAGUUAGUAUACAUAUUUGCUCGUAUGAUAUCAAUAAUAAUAUAUUAAAAACAUAUCAAAUGGGUUUGUAAUUAUGAUUUUAAUUUAUUUUGCAAAUUGUAAGAACUUGCCCCUCCACAGGGUAAAUUGUUACAGUCAAUGGGGUAAGAUGUUACAGGACAAACUAAGGGAAAGGAAUAACUAAAUGACGUGGAAUUAACAUUUAUUCUCAAGGAACAUUUCAAAAAACAGUUACACAAAAGAAAUAAAAGUGUUGCUCAAAAUAUAAUAAAAUCAAACAGCUUAAACUAGUCCGUAUCGGAGCAACAGUAAAUACAAACAUAAAAAUUAUUAUCGUCGCCACAAGCAAUAUGUGCCCAUCUUUUACAAGCAGUGCAUUGGAUCCACUGUUCGUUUCUCGAUUCGGAAAAUGGAGUUAAACAAAUUGAACACGUCGACGCCUCUUCCGAGCCCUCAGAGUCUGAUUUUUCUUUCGUUAAAAUAUUUUUUUCCUUAGAUUGUCCUUUUUUCUUUUUUCCACUUGUUGACUCACCUCCUAUUGUUCUUUUAGUUGCUCCCACAUUUUUUUUCUUUGUCUUGCUUUUUCUUCCUCCUCUAAAGCCGAUUUAAUCGGCGUGUCUGUCAAAAUUGCAGAAACUCUUUUCUUCCGACCUCCUUUCAAUUUUCUUGCCAUUGCUUCUGGGUAAGGUUUGAGUUCUUCGGGCGUUAAAUGAGCUAUUUCUGCGUCAAAAGGUCUAUGUAUCACUGGGUUACAGGCGGAGCUUGUAGAAGGCUGUGGAGAUGGCGUCCUGUGUUUUUCGAUUUGAGUUUCUGCAGUUGUUGUAGGUUCCAAUUCCACUGUUGUGUUAUUAAUUUCCGGCAAUGGCCUGUUUGUUACUUCUGCUGGCAAGAAUUCAUCAUCUUGAAAUAUGUCUCUGUUGUAGGGCCAAAUUCCAGUUACAUUAAACCCCUUCUGUAUGUUGUGAGGUGAAACACCAAGGGAAAACGAGUCUUUUAAAACGGUAGGUAUAUCAUAGAUGCUCAUGACUUUACCUGGGUUAGAUCUUAACCAUCCAUCUGCAGCACUAUUAAAGUAUCUUUUAAGUGGGCCAAACACAGUCCUAUCAAGGGGCUGAAGCUUAUGGGAUGUAUGUGGCGGGAAACUGACAAGGAUGACCCCAUUUGCUUUGCAAAAAUUCAAUACGGGGAUCGACAAAUGGGAGUCAUGAUUAUCUAAGACCAUCAAUACAGGUUUCUCUUUGCUGCAUCGGACAAACUGGACGAAAUGUUUCAUAAACAAUAAAAAAAUUUCGCAAGUCAUCCAUCCGGAGGAAUGUGAUGCGCCAACGCAACCUGGGGGCCCAUUUGCUACCAUAAAAUCCUUGAAUUUCUUCCGUGGGAAUAUUAAAAACGGAGGAGCAAAGUUGCCAUUUGCGUUGACUGCUAAUGCCAUGGUUACAAGUUGACCUCUUUCCCCAGAAGUGAUGGCCCCUACUUGCUUAGUUCCUUUUUUUGCUAUGAUUUUUGUAGGCCUUUGGACAGUAGUAAGUCCAGUCUCGUCCAUAUUAUAGACAUCUUGAAGCAGGAAUUUAUAUUUAUCGUAAACUUGGUCGAGGUUAUUGAAAAAUUGUAACACAUUAUGGCGAUUAAAGGCAGUAGCACGGCCUAUGCUAGUAGCCUCAGGUGUCCUGACUGACAAGGUCUGGUGCCUUUUUAAAAACCCAAAUAGCCAGUCCUUUGACGCUAUAUUCUUUUCCUUCCAGUUAUCGGGAAUAGAUAUAUUAUUUGCCGUUGCAAACUGGAAAGCAAGCUUCCGUAAAUCAGAUGUAGUGAGCCCAUAAUAAAUUUUAGCAGAAUGCUCGGUGUAUUUCGCAAGUUCUUUUUCCUCUGCAUCGUUGAAUAUUUUUCUGUGUUUAGCGUAACCGACUAAGCGUUUAUUAGUGUCGGUAUUAAUGGUAGUUUUUAGUAGACUUUCUUUUAAUAUAACGAUGUAAAGUCAUAAAAUUUACUGCAUAUCGAGCGGCGGCGUCCCUAAUUGACACUUUUUCCUGUAACACCAAUUGUGCCGCCCUCUCAAAUUGUUCGGUUGGAAUAUCCCCUCUCGUGGGUUUCUUGAUAUACGUGCGCACCAUAUUUACAUAUCUGAAAACAACAAAAAACCAUUUAUAGAGAAGUGUAAAUAUUUAAUUCCCCUUUAAAAAUAAAUGGGGCAAGUUGUUACAGUAACAACCUGCCCCUCGGUAAUUGUAACAACUAUCCCCACGAGAACAAAAUGACGUUAGAUCCACAAUUUUUGGUAAAUAUCGGGAAUAAGUUAAAAUUGGGAGAAAUAUAUAGGCUUUGAAUCUGUAUAAUAAUCAUAUUUAUACUACUUACCAAUUUUGCACAAUUAAGCACAAAAGUAGGCACACACCGGUACAAUUUUGCAUCGAAAACACAUUAAACACAAUAUCAACGUAAAGCAUGUGACGCCCUAGUAUCCACGUUGGCACAUAGAUGACGGGUCGGUAGGGCCAAGAUCCAGCAAAAUAUAGGCUAGCUGUGUUAGUUGCCUACCUUGUAAAAUUUUACCGUAACAACUUGUCCCCUUAACAACGUGCCUCCUUCUCCCCUAUGUAUAAAUAUGUCUGGGUCUAUUAAAGCGUUAACUAAUAAUAAAGAAAAUGUAUGAAUUUUGUAUAGUCUCUAUACGUGUAAUUUAUACUUGAUAAAAAGGAGUCCAAAUAGCAGUGGCAUACUCUAAUCCAUACUAAAAUUAUUAACGAAGAUGCUUUGGUAAAUCCCUUAGUAGCUCACAUAAUAAAUCAUAAGUUUUUAUAGCACUUAGACAAAUUAUUUUUACGUGGUGUUUAAACGUUAAUUUGCUAUAAAGGGUUACACCUAGAUCUUUGAUAGUAUGAGCACCUUUUAGGGAUGAGAACCCAAGUUUAGGAGUUCGAGAUUACAUAGAGGUGUCUUUUCACAGUUUUUCUUGAAAAAAUGUUUACUUUUAAAUUUAUCUAGGUUAAUAAAGAGCUGCAAUAUUCAGGAAAUGUAUUUAAGUCGUUGUCUUUGUUUUUGCAACUUGACAAAAUCCGAAGUAUUACGAAUAGUUAUCUAAACUUUUAAAUUAUUUAUGUAUAAAGGAGUGUUGCCAGGUCUUAAGCUCGGAAUAUUAGUACUCCCUUGGUUUUAGAAAGGGUUUUUAUCCGCAUGAAGAAAUUUCCUAUUUUAUAACAUAAGGUCAAAUUGCAAAAAUGUAUAGGUCUGCCGCUAGAUUUUUUUAUUAGAAGAUUAAAUGUUGAUGUCCCGAGACAUAGCGCGCGCGAUUUGAAAAUACAAUUAACCUGAAAAUUCGCUUCUUCAAUUUGGAUAUAAUAAUAUGCAUAUAAUUUAAUAAAACACUUUCACACCAAAAAAACCUACAUUUUGAAAAUAAGUCAAACAUUAAUUUUUUUAAAUAUAUAUGUACAAAAAAGCAGUCGCACAGCUGAAGUUUCAUAUCAUCCAAGAAGACUUAAUGAUAUCAAAAUUCUUUCGUUAUGAAUCUCCUGAUUCAGAUAUGGAGAAAGAGGUGUGAUAUCUAUCUUAGAUAACGGUUUAGCUCUCUCAAAAUCUUUGCCGUGUAAGAUCAAACUGUACCGUAAACAAGUCAUUGUCUGUCCUGCUUCGUAAACGAAAAAAUUCGACCCAUAUUUCAGAUGCAUUUUUUGUCCAAAAUGUAAGUACGUCCGUAUCACACUUUAACAGAAUGUGUCUUUCAAUUUUCUGAAUUCAGCAUGGACAGCAACUUUGGCAUGUCAGCAACAAAAUGAAGUUUUUUUUUGUAUCUUCUGGCAAAAACAUCCUGUAUCUCUGGAUGGCAAAAGCAUCGAUAAAUCCGAGUUGACGUGUUAAUUUCACGCUCUGAAUGUAAAAUUGUUCCAAAAAAAACAACCCUAACAUUACGGCAAUUUUUUUUCCGAAAUUUAUCUAUUUUCAAAACCGAAGCUGUCGAUAAUUUCAUAUGUUCUGUGGUAGCAAUUGGGUCCAAGUCCAAAUUUCAGAGUGGUUCAAUAUUCGCUUUAUUUUCCUUGCCCAGAGAAAAGUCUAUGUCUUCUAUAUCAACUCGAUCAACGUAUUCUUCUUUCAACAUGCAAGCUAUAGCGUUGAAUAAGCUUUCCAUCUUGCCGUGGAGUUGGUGAAUUCUUGGUUGUUCCAAUUGAAACAAAAGAUAUUGCUGAUUUAUGAUUGGCAAAAAGAAAUCGAGGUUUUUUUAUAUAAUUUAGUCCACAAUAUUUUUAUUCAGUAGAAAAUGGAUUUUGCAUUUGCACUUCUCUUUUUUUCGUCAGCUUUGGCGUUUUUCAGGAAUGACUCUUGCACAAAACAUUUGUAUAUAACGUCAUAUUCUAAGCAGCGGAAGGCAGGGAAAGCCAUCUAACUUUUUUAUAUUGAAGUAACAUAUGCUGGGAAAGGACAUGUUCAAUUUGAAUGUAAUACAGAGCUUGUCACUUGCUACAGUUUUUUUGGUGGCCACAAACGUUGGUUAUAGAUUCCUCGAUUUCUUAGGGUAUUUCUUUUACGGCAUGUGCUACUCUCAGGGCCAAAGAAUGGUCAAUGCAUUUUAACAUAAACAAAUUCUUGACGGUUUGACACAGAGUUGUCUUUUCCAACAGUCUUUAUAUUUUUAAUUCCAUAAAAUUUAUUUUUCUUUGAAUAAAUUAUGUUCUUGUAAACUAAGUUUGAUUAAUCGAAUAUUUUGUUUUUAUUUUUUGAAUUUUGUGAUUGAAUUAUAUAAUAUACCUCUAAACAAGUCAAAAAUUGGUCGCGAAUCUUUCCUUCUGUUGGUCUGAAACGCACACAUAAAACAAGCGGUUUCUUCACAGCAACAUCUGUUGAUUCAUCUAUGGUAAGCGAAAAGUAGGAUUCUUGUAGGACUUUGAUAAGUUGUUCUAAAGUAUAACACCGAUUACAUUUUUCACUAUAUUAAUACAUUUUGUGCGGGAAUAUGCAAGUUAUUUUUGUACGGUUUUGUCAAUCUCUACUGUCUUUAUUCACUCAAUCAAAUCAUUAACGUCGGCCAUUGGGAGAUUUUUUUUACUCAAAAACAACGGUAACUUACUUAGUUGAUUUAAUUAAAAAAUUAAGAAAUAAUAAAAGUCAAUGGUUAACUAAAGAUACUUCGAUCACCUUCCACUAAAUUUAUUAUUAAAAAAAAUUGUAAACCAUUUACAAAACAAUAGCUGUAUUAUUAUUAACCUAUUGUCGUAAUGUUGUAAUUUUAAAGUUUUUGUAAAUCCAUGUUUGUCCCAUUCUCAUGUAUUACUUAAUUCGUCGUAAAAAUUUCAAGUAAAAUGUAUAUAGUUUUGAUGAUUUUGUUUCGUAAUCAAUAACGUUCAAACAGAAAGUCAUAUACUUAGUCACUGAUUGUGUACAAUUUUGUCAGAUUUUGUGGUUUGGUUUAACAUAACCAUAACCACAAUAUGUUAUAUACCGUUACGAGAAUAGAAUGAAAUUCUAGUAAGUAGCGAAAUAGUUACAGUGUUCUAACAUAGUUUGUCUUCUUCAUUUUCAGUAAAUAAAUUUCAGUAAACUAUUACCAUAUAAAUGCUUUUAUUACCGAUUUUUAAACAUGAAAUUCAUAUUUUUUUAAAAGUAUCAAAACGCUGAUAUAAAGUAUCUUAAAUAUAUGAAAAGCUUUGGCCUACGUCGUUUAAAGAAAUAAUUUACAGUAAGGGACCCAAGUGUCAGCCUUGAAGUAGUCCUUCAAGGUUCUGUCCUUAAAAUAGCUUCUCAAAAGCCGGAGUGCUCCAUGCACACUAAAAUUCUCGAGCUUAGUUAUCAGAAUCAGAUGAUAAACCAUAUCAAAGGCUUUGAAAAAGUUAGUGUACACAUAGCCCCGUUAACCUGUUAAAUAUACGGCACCAUAUUGGUAAGAACAGAACGGCCUCUGAAAAAGCUAUGUUGAUUAUGAUCUAUUGUAAGUUUAACAUCAAAGAAAAUUUGUUCAAAAAUUAGCAGUUUUACCAAAGCUUAGCAGUGAUAUGGGUCUGUACUGUUCAGCAGAUUUAUGUACUGGAACGAUUUGAGCAAUUUUCAAUAGUUUUUUAUAUAUGCCUGUCAAAAUACAUUUAUUAUAUUUGAAAAAAAAGGACGACUAUAGCGUGGACAUUUUGAAAAAGGGGCAGUUACCGUCAGGACCAGGAUCUUUACAUGAGUCUAGUUGAAAUUAAGUCUUUCUUAUGCUGAUUUCUGUACAAUUUUAUAUGGUGAAACUAUAUUUAUAAAAUUACUUGAAUUAGCAUAUUGUUUAUAUUAUUAAAACAAAUCCAAUGAAAGGGCAUUUAUUAUUACAAAACAUAUCUGUCAAGCAUCUUGUUUCCGAGGUUAGCUUUUUUUGAGAGCAUUAGGUUACUGAACUCACUCUUGGUCAUGUAAAACCUUAUAACAUUAAAAGGUCUUUCUAAGUGUAAAACAAUUGAUUUCUAUCCUACUAGAUUAAAUAUCGUGCAAAACAGUGUUGAGAGCCAGGGCGAGUUCAAAAAACCAAGAGGCACGUUUCUUAUUUACUUAUUUGAAAAUUAAAAUUGAAACUCUAACAAUGGCAUCUUCAGUAAUUCAUACUAUUGUCAAUUUGAGUUUAUUAUGUAAUUGGCAUUUAUAAAACCUUGGUAAUAUUACUAGAACUAUUGGGAAAUAAUUUCCCAUUUUCUUUUUAGAGCCUCCCUUGUGUAGUUCCAAUAUAAUUAAGUAUUUCCACUGGUAGAAUACGGGUUUAAUUAAACGUUUUUGUGUACUUUUUAGGAAUUAAAAAGAUAUACUGUUAUCGUCUUGAUUAGAAUUUUUAUCAAUAAUAUUUCUUGUUUAAGGAAAAAAGUAAAUAAUGAAAUUUCUUUCUGAAAUGUCACCUUGGCAAUCCAAAAAAAAUGUUUUCUAUUUUUUGCCCAUAAAGUGAAUUUAGGCCUAUGAAUUUCUAUAUUUUAGAAAAAAAACUGAAAUAUAAUUAUUUUUGUCAUUAAAUGCCCCAAGCAGUUAAUAAAUGUUCAAUUUGUUCAUUGUAUACAGAAUAUGAGGGCAAAAAGUUGUAAAAAUUGUAAAAAGUGGCUAAUCUACAUCUUGUUGGUGUCGUUUUAACGGGAAAACCCCAAGCUGUUUUUUUUUUGCAAGGUCUACCUGAAUUUACUUGAAAAAGAGAAAAAGAAGAAUUAACUUUUGUAACUUUCUGGUGACAUGCAUACACACUUACUGAGUAAAACUGAAAACUGGACAAAUUGCAUUUUAAAAUACACCUCUGAAUUUUAAAGCACUUUACAAUUUUAUAAUUUUUUAGGCAUUUAUUGAACAUAUAAAACAAAGAAAUCACUUAAACAUAAUUUCUUACAUCCCUGUUUUCUUACAUACAUAUAUUCAAUAGCCUAUUUAAGGUAUUUCGUGUUGUGUUAGCCGACAAACGUUGUCUUCUUGGAAAGCCAUUAAAAAAACAAAAUUUUUUCCGUCGGUUCUCAGUCCAACUACUUGUUUUACCCCGAGUCUCUGUCCAGCGGACCACGGAAAAAGUCCCGUCCCUCUAACGAGAAUAAUUCGAACAAUAUACCGGGGAAGUGAAAAUUGUCUUUCGAUCAUUAUCGCUUUGCUUUUUGUAUGAUUUUUUCGUGUCACAUUUUUUACAUAUCGUUCUAAAACAUGUACCAAUAAGAAGAAACUUCGACCAAACUUAUUAUUAAAAAGACAAUGUGAUUAGGCGACUUUCACUUCCUCCACUUCAAAAAUAUAACUCAUACGUUUUUAAAUAUGAAAUGUAAAUUCAUCCAUCCAUUUAUUUAUUAAGUGUGAAGCAUUUUUUACUAAUAAAAUAAUUAAGGGACAGUUGACGAGUGAAGGUCUCUGCUGUCCGGUCUGUGUUUCUCAUUUUAUAGUUUUUAUUGAUAUUUAAUAUUGUUACGACUAUUAUCUUCCACAGGCUGCUUAAAUGUGGUUAAUGUUACUUAAUUGUACCUAAUAUUUUUAAUAAAUUCAAUAUUAUCCAAAUAAAAAUUAUUAUGUCUAUGGA